AUGAAGUGUGUCAAUUUGGCGCUGGCCUUUCUUGCUCUAGGAGCAAGUGCCGAGGUUUUGAAGAUUAACAAAAACUCCCGCCAGGAAUGCUCGGGUAUCUACAACAAAGAGGACUGGGGAGGAAAGCACGACGUUUACAUCGAGUUCACCCCCGAAAAACUAGACACAGACGACUGGCUGGCGUUCGCCAUCUUCGAGUACCGAGAUGUCGACAAGAUGGGCUCCGACAUCCCCGGCGACACAGGUAUCAAGAAGUACGUUUGUGACCAGCAAGCCAUCGACUCGAACCUGUGUACCAAGGAACAGGAGGGUACAUAUAUUAUCCCCAAGGAGGGAGAGGUGGAGACAUACGCCAAGAUCGAGACGCAUCGGGUAAACCUGCGAGAACCAGAGACCUACAGAUACGACGUGUCCAAAACUGGCUACUACUGUAUCGCCACCUUCUCGAACGACGACAAUUACAAGGGUAAGAUUUUCAUUCAGAGCGCAUACGGAUACCUCCCUGGCAGUCAGAUCCCCAAGCACCCCUUCUACGGCAUUCUGUCAAUCUGUUACCUGGUGGCCUUUCUGCUGUGGAUGUUCUCCUACUGGCAACACAGACAGGACGUUUUGCCUGUCCAGAACUACAUCACCGGUAUCUUUGGUUUCCUGGUGGUUGAGGUUAUGUUUGUGUGGUCUUAUUACGACAUUGUCAACGAGACCGGAGACUCUCCCGGCUCCAAGGCCUUCCUGGUCAUUGUCUCGAUUCUCAAUUCGAUGCGAAAUGCCUUCACCUUCUUCCUGCUGCUCAUUGUCUGUCUUGGAUACGGUGUUGUCAAGCCCACUCUGGGCAAUCUCAUGUGGAAGUGCCAGGCUCUGGGAGGCAUUCAUUUCGUCUUCACCCUCAUCUUUACCAUUGCCCUGUAUCUGAUGGACCCCGUGGAUGCGUCCAACGUGAUUCUGUUCCUCAUCAUCCCCCUGUCCAUCACUCUGACCACUUUCUACAUUUGGAUUCUGUCUUCUCUAACCGCCACCACAAAGUAUCUGGUGGAGCGAAAGCAGCACGUCAAGGCGCAGAUGUACCGAAACUUGUGGUGGAUUCUGCUUGGUUCCGUCAUUGUCAUCUGCGGCUUCUUCUUCUUCAAUGCUCUGAUCAUGACCUCCGGCUCCAUGACCGACACUAUUGUUUCCGAGUGGAAAUACCGAUGGUUCCUAUUUGACGGCUGGGUGAACGUCAUCUACUUCAUUGACUUUUUGCUCAUUGCCUUUAUCUGGCGACCCACCGCCAACAACAAGCGGUUUGCCAUGUCCACUGAGCUGGCCCAGGAUGAGAACGACGCCCAGGAGUUCGAGAUUGGAUCUCUGGCCGGCUCCGACGACGAAGACGACGACGAGGAGCGAAACGUCGGCGGCAUCCCCCAGGAAAACCCUUUUGGAGACCAUAACCGAACAUCCAUUGACUCCAUGCCCGAUGAUGUGGAUCUCACCCGAUCCGACACCAAGGCCACUCUAUCGGGAGUGUACCAGAAGAAGGACAAGGAGGGAGCCUCCAGCUCGAAAUCGCCCGAGAUUGAGGCUACAGAUGAUGCCACUCUGUUUGCUCUAGACGACGAGGAUGAGGACGAUCAGCAGGGUGAGUCGUCGCGAAAGAAGAAGGGCAAGGGAGGAGAAGAGGAGGAGGGACUUCUUGGUUAG